AUGGUGAAUGAAGAUCGAAAUCAGAGUGCUGCUGUCAUAUUCAUCCUUUUAGGAUUCUCUGACUACCCAGAUCUCCAAGUUCCGCUCUUCCUUCUAUUUCUGGUUAUCUAUGUGGUCACAGUGUUGGGAAAUCUCGGCAUGAUUACGAUCAUUAGAAUCAACCCCAAACUCCACACCCCCAUGUACUUUUUCCUCAGUCACUUGUCUUUUGUGGAUUUCUGUUACUCCACUGGAGUUACGCCCAAGCUCUUAGAAAACCUAGCUGUGGAAGACAGAAAGAUUUCUUUGGGAAGCUGCAUCACACAGUAUUUUUUUACUGCUACCAGUGUUUUGACAGAAGCUUUCUUGUUGGCAGUAAUGGCCUAUGACCGCUUUGUGGCCAUUUGUGAUCCGCUUUUGUACAUGGUUACCAUGUCCCGGAAACGAUGUACACUGAUGGUGACUGGGGCAUAUGUAUGGGGAAUAACAUCUUCUCUCAUAUUUACCUACUCUCUUAUUAGAUUGUCUUUUUGUGGGACUAACAUCAUUAAUAACUUUCUCUGUGAGUAUUCUGUCAUCCUAUCUGCCUCCUGUUCAGACAGACACUUAAGUGAAAUGAUACUUUUCAUCCUCGCUAAUUUUGAUGUCUUGAGCACCCUCAUAAUCAUCCUCACAUCCUAUGUUUUAAUUUUUGUCACCAUCAUAAAAAUGCAGUCAGCCAGUGGGAGGAAGAAAGCCUUCUCCACUUGUGCCUCCCACCUGAUUGUCAUCUCCAUCUUCUAUGGCACCCUUCUCUUUCUCUAUUGUGUCCCCAAUUCUAAAAACUCAUGGCUCAUAGUCAAAGUGACUUCUGUUUUUUACACAGUGAUCAUUCCCAUGUGGAACCCCCUAAUAUACAGUCUGAGGAACAAAGAUGUGAAAGAAGCUGUCAAGAAACUAAUGGACACUAAAAUAUUUUCUUUCUAA